UUCUUCACUUAAUCCUUUUAUAUAUUUAAUUAUGUUGCAUAAAUUUCAACAUGUAAAAUUGAAUGAUUAGUCAAUAUAUUUUUUCAAAAUCAAUUUGAAGCAUUUAUAUACUCAAUAAGAAUUCAGUAGAAGAUCAGUGGCAAUAUUUUAAAAUGCGUUUCUAAAAAAUAUUUUAAAAUUUCUUAGAAACUCUCAAUUGUAUCUUCAUUUGGAUAUGCAAUUUUCACUUAUAAACAUCAAGUAAAGAUUCCUUUGCCACAAAACAUACUAUUUCAAGUAUUACAUUUUUAGAGGAGACUUUAAUUUUGUAUAAUUACCACAUCAUAAAUGAAAUUUCAAUUUAUGAAAAGUGAAUCCAGAUUGUCAAAACUUCAUAGGUUUUGGAAGCAGCGGAAAGAGCAAAAAUAUUGCUUAUAAGUCAGCAAGGUUAAAUAUAUGCAGCUAACGCUCUACUUUUCAAUAAGGCUUAGGAUCUCAUCAACCCAGUGAUUGAGAAGAAAAGCUAUUACUUUAUAUAUGCAAUAAAAACAAGUAGUCCUCUGAAAAUUUUUAAAAAAUAUUCUGUCAAUUCUUGUAAAAUAUAUAAAUCAUGCACAAGCAGCAUAUCUAUUAAGAUACCUUUGCUAAUAAUAGUUUUUUUUUUUAAUUCUUUACAAAGCACUUUAACAAAGCAUUUUUUCACGCUUGUGAAAGAAAAGCAAAUAUGUGGAUCAUGCACUCUAAAAUAUUAUUUUAAUCUAUGCACUCAAAUUUAGAAUAUAUGCAACCUUAUGUAAGUAGAGUCUUAAUGUGUAGUAGAGUCUUUUCUUCGCAGGAAUAUAUGAUGCCACAAAACUCGACGCUUAUUAGACAGAAACCAUUUGUUUGUCAUGUGUGCAAUAAAGUGUUCUCUCUACGAGGGAGUUUAAAGAUACAUUUAAGAACGCAUACAAAAAAUCUGUAUGCUUGUAAUGUAAGCGAUAAAAUAUUUUCCCAACAAGGAAAUUUAAAGACAAAUUUACUAACACAUACGAAAGAGAAACUACAUAUUUGUGAGAUAUGCUGUAAAAUGUUUUCUGUACGAGGAAAUUUAAAGAGACAUUCACUGAUAUGAAAGAAAGCGUUUUCUCAUAAAGGAAGUUUAAGGAGGCACACGAAAUAGAAACCGUAUAUUUGUGAGAUUUGCAGUAAAGCGUUUUCUAAAAAAGGAAGUUUAGACAUGCAUUUAAGAACGCAUACGAAAGAGAAACCGUAUGUUUGUGAGAUUUGCAGUGUAGCGUUUUCUGAAAAAGGAAAUUUAAAGAGACAUUUAAGAACGCAUACGAAAGAGAAACCGUAUGUUUGUGAGAUUUGCAGUGAAGCUUUUUCUCAAAAAGGAACUUUAAAGAUACAUUUAAGAACGCAUACGAAAGAGAAACCGUAUGUUUGUGAGAUUUGCAGCAAACCUUUUCCUCAAAAAGGAAAUUUAAAGAAACAUUUAAGAACGCAUACGAAAGAGAAACCUUUUGUUUGUGAGAUUUGCAGGAAAGCGUUUUCUCAAAAAGGAAGUUUCAAGAUACAUUUAAGAAUGCAUACGAAAGAGAAACCUUAUGUUUGUGAGUUUUGCAGGAAAGCGUUUUCUCAAAAAGGAAGUUUCAAGAUACAUUUAAGAACGCAUACGAAAGAGAAACCGUAUGUUUGUGAGAUUUGCAUUAAACCUUUUACUCGUAAAGCAAGUUUAAAUAUACAUUUAAGAACGCAUACGAAAGAGAAACCGUAUGUUUGUGAGAUUUGCAGUGUAGCGUUUUCUGAAAAAGGAAAUUUAAAGAGACAUUUAAGAAUGCAUACGAAAGAGAAACCUUAUGUUUGUGAGUUUUGCAGGAAAGCGUUUUCUCAAAAAGGAAGUUUAGACAUGCAUUUAAGAACGCAUACGAAAGAGAAACCUUAUGUUUGUGAGAUUUGCAGUAAACCGUUCUCUCAAAAAGAAAAUUUAAAGAUACAUUUAAGAACGCAUACGAAAGAGAAACCGUAUGUUUGUGAGAUUUGCAGUAAACCGUUCUCUCAAAAAGAAAAUUUAAAGAUACAUUUAAGAACGCAUACGAAAGAGAAACCGUAUGUUUGUGAGAUUUGCAGUAAACCGUUUUCUCAAAAAGGAAGUUUAAAGAUACAUUUAAGAACACAUACGAAAGAGAAACCGGACGUUUGAAAUAUAUGCAAUAAAAUAUUUUCUUGUGGAAACAUUUUAUGUAAAUAUUUUCUGAUAAAUACGAAGCAGAAAGUUCUGUAUGUAAUAAAGUAUUUAAUGAAAAAGGAAAUUUGCAGUCCCAUUUACCGACCCAUUCUAAAAAAUAGCUACAUGUUCGUUGUGUGUGUAAUAACGUAUUUCCUGGUCGAAACAUUGUAAGGAGGUAUUUAUUGACGCAUACAAAAUUAAAUUCGCAUAUUUGUAAGAUGUGCAACAAAACGUUUUCCUUGCUAGGAUGUAACUGCAUUUCAAAAUUUUUAAAAAUAAUUAAUUUAGAUAUGGAAUUAGAAUUGAAAAAUUAAUUUUAUAUUCAAAGUAAUUGCUUUUAGAAUUAAAAUUUAUUUUUGAGUGUCUAUGUACGAAAGAUCUUUACGAUUGAUUGGUCCCUUAAUAAAAAUCAUAACAUUUGUGGUUAUAUAACACAUUCUUUAUGUAUGAAAUAUUUUUGCAAAUUUCUUGUGAGAAAAUUUACUAAAAAAAACUGUUGAAAAUGCUACAAAUUGUAUGCAUCAAGUGUAGGAAUAUGUAAUAUUAAUUAAUAUCAAAUCACUGGAUAAUUCCAAGACAAACUAAAUCAAUGUGAGAGAUGUUUUUACAAAGAUCAAAAUUGAAUUGUGUCUACCCUACUUUUUAAACUAUCUUUAUCUGCUACCUCUCUCUGACUUCUCAUUCUACUUUUGAAGAAAAAUAAAUUAUUUUAUUUUCGACUCCCUAGACAUCCAAUAAUUUUUAUGUAAUGAUAUCUUUAAAUCUGGAAAAGGAAAUCCCAAAAAAACGCCGAUAAGAGAAAUCCUGGCGCUGCAAGCGUAGAAUGUGUGGAAAAAGAAUACAUAACUGUCAGUGGAAACAGUAAAUAGCAACACACCAAAUACCAAUGAAAAGCGUUUAUUAUAGCUAGCUUAUUUACUUUCAAAUUUUGCUCAAGGUGACUACCAACUUGAUGUUCCAAUAAUUGCAUACGGUACAUGAAGUUUUCGAAGGUGGCUCGCAGCAUAUCGGCAUUUAUUCGUCUGACAUGUAACGUUAUUGAUCUUUUAAAGUAGGAAUGUCAGGAAAAUGUCCUUGGUACACAACGCCUUUCAAGUGAAUCAGAAUUGCCACAUAACCAGAUAUUGCCAAGAUUCAGAUCAGUGUCAUAAGUUAACGGAUGUUAUCUUAUACGGAUAAAAUUUCAGGAUCUUACCCAAUAUCUUCUGGUCGUCGAGAACGGGUAUCUGUUUAUCGUGAUAUUGAUCGAGAACUGCUGGUACCCUGCUUAUUAGCUAUCCCUUGAUCCAUAACGGCAGUUGCAAAUUCAACUUGUUCCUGCUUGAUAACUUCACGUCCUCGGCCUGGUUGCACACCAAGAAUUCCUGUUGUUUCAAAUCUUUCAACUAUCCUUCGGAAGUUAGUUAUGGUCAUCUGUCCUGUACGUAACUGUUUUAACCGCCGGUGUUCAUGAAGAGCAGCACUGGCAUUUUCAUCCCGCUGAUAAAACAGCUUGACUAAUGAGGCGUGUUCACGUAGUGACAACGCAGUCGACGUGCGAAUUCUUGCAGAAUGACAUAUUCAACGCUUCCUUUUAUCUUCGACGUCAUGUCACAAUGUACCCGUAUAAGCAAAUUACAUAAUAAAGCUUUGGUACUAAUUA